UAAAGUGUUUAAAGAACAAUUGCAAAAAGUGUCACUGGAAAAGAAGGAACUGCAAAGUGACAAAACUGAAGCAGAUUCAAUCAUUAGAAGUAGAAUUCAAUCUGAAGAAAUGUCAGUUAAGGGAAUUGAGAAAUUUAAAGGAGAUUUAAAUAAAUCUCAAGAGCAGUUCGAUGUGGUUUUAAAAGAAUUGCUAAAAGUGUCACUGGAAAAGAAGAAACUGCAGAGAGACAAAUAUGAAGCAGAUUCAAUCAUUAGGUGUAGAAUUCAAUCUGAAGAAAAGUCAGCCGAAGAAAUUGAAGAAUUGAAAAGAGAUUUAAUGAAAUCUCAAGAGCAGUUCGAAGUGGUUCAAAAAGAAUUGCUAAAAGUGUCACUGGAAAAGAAGGAACUGCAGAGUGACACAAAUAAGAUAGAAUUUGAAGAAAAGUUAGCUAAGGAAAUUGAGAAAUUGAAGGAUGAUUUGAAGAAAUCUCAAGAGCAGUUCGAAGUGCUUCAAAAAGAAUUGCAAAAAGUGUCACUGGAAAAGACAGAAUCUGAAGAAAAGUCCGUUAAGGGAAUUGAGAAAUUGAAAGAAGAUUUAAAUAAAUCUCAAGAGCAGUUCGAUGUGGUUAAUCAUAAGUCGCUAAAAGUGUCACUGGAAAAUAAAAAUCUUGAGGAUGACAAAGGUAAGGCUGAAACAUUCAAAAGCCAUGGAUUUAAAUCAGAAGUUGAAGACAUGGAGAAAAUUAAAUUCGAUUUAAAGGAAUCUGAAAAGCAGUUGAAAAUGGUUGAAAAAAAAUUGCUAAAAGUCUUUCUAGAAAAGGAAAAACUCCAGGAUGAUAAAGUUAAGGCUGAAACAAUCCUCAAAAGUAGAAUUCAUAAUGAAGAAAAGUCAGCUGAAGAAAUUGAGAAAUUGAAGGAUGAUUUAAAGAAAUCUCAAGACCAGUUCGAAGUGGUUCAAAAAGAAUUGCAAGAAGUCUCACUGGAAAAGAAGGAACUGCAGAGUGACAAAGAUGAAGCAGAUUCAAUAAUUAGGAGUAGAAUUCAAUCUGAAGAAAAGUCAGCUGAAGAAAUUGAAAAAUUGAAAAGAGAUUUAAUGAAAUCUCAAGAGCAGUUCGAAGUGGUUCAAAAAGAAUUGCUAAAAGUGUCACUGGAAAAGAAGGAACUGCAGAGUGACAAAAAUAAGACAGAAUUUGAAGAAAAGUUAGCUAAGGAAAUUGAGAAAUUGAAGGAUGAUUUGAAGAAAUCUCAAGAGCAGUUCGAAGUGCUUCAAAAAGAAUUGCAAAAAGUGUCACUGGAAAAGACAGAAUCUGAAGCAAAGUCCGUUAAGGGAAUUGAGAAAUUGAAAGAAGAUUUAAAUAAAUCUCAAGACCAGUUCGAUGUGGUUAAUCAUAAGUCGCUAAAAGUGUCACUGGAAAAUAAAAAUCUUGAGGAUGACAAAGGUAAGGCUGAAACAUUCAAAAGCCAUGGAUUUAAAUCAGAAGUUGAAGACAUGGAGAAAAUUAAAUUCGAUUUAAAGGAAUCUGAAAAGCAGUUGAAAAUGGUUGAAAAAAAAUUGCUAAAAGUCUUUCUAGAAAAGGAAAAACUCCAGGAUGAUAAAGUUAAGGCUGAAACAAUCCUAAAAAGUAGAAUUCAAUCUGAAGAAAAGUCAGCUGAGGAAAUUGAGAAAUUGAAGGAUGAUUUAAAGAAAUCUCAAGAGCAGUUCGAAGUGCUUAAAGAACAAUUGCAAAAAGUGUCACUGGAAAAGAAGGAACUGCAGAGUGACAAAGAUGAAGCAGAUUCAAUAAUUAGGAGUAGAAUUCAAUCUGAAGAAAAGUCAGCUGAAGAAAUUGAAAAAUUGAAAAGAGAUUUAAUGAAAUCUCAAGAGCAGUUCGAAGUGGUUCAAAAAGAAUUGCUAAAAGUGAUACUGGAAAAGAAGGAACUGCAGAGUGACAAAGCUGAAGGAGAUUCAAUCAUUAGAAGUAGAAUUCAAUCUGAAGAAAACUCAGCUGAAGAAAUUGAGACACUGAAAGCAGAUUUAAGGAAAUCUCAAGAGCAGUUUAAAGAGGUUAAAGAACAAUUGCAAAAAGUGUCACUGGGAAAUGUAAAAAUGUCAGUGCAAUGUGAAAAAGGGAAAACUGAAGAAUUCGGUGCUUCGUCUGGUGCGGCUCUACCGAAUGAACUAAAGCAAUUGAGCCUGACGAAAAUUACUAAGCAGUUACCUAAUCUGCAGAAAGAGUUGGUAAAGACGCGAAAGCAGCUGGAAUCGAUGAGUCAACAAUUGACAGAUUUGUCGGGCGAAAACCAAAAGCUUCGAUUGAUUAAAGUAGACGACAUCAGGGAGUCCACGGAAGCCGUCAACGAACUGUUGGAAAAAAUGAAUGUUACACAAAAGGAAUUCGAGAAAGUGCGCCAAGAAUUGCUGCAAUCAAACGAAGAAAACAGUCGUUGGUUGCUUUCCAUGAAGGAAACGAGCAACGCGUCUUGCCAAGAGGUUGGCGCCGAUUUUCAGAUUGAAUUAACAAAGGCCAAGCAGCAAAGAAAUACAAUGGAAAAAAGACUGUUCGAACAAAGAAUUGAAAAUAAAAAAUUGAAAAAACAGUUGCGACGAUUUAAGGUAAACGAGCGAAAAACAAUAGAACAAAGCAGAAGCCGCAAAAAUAUAAAUAUCUGGAAGAAGAGAGCUGAAAUUGCACGCGAAGAGACGCAGCAAAGUUUUGCGUACACAGACAAGCUCAAGGAGAUACAUGAUAAAGAAAUCGCUAAUCUGCAGAGAACAAUGGAUGCGCUGCUUACGCAAAGAGAUGAGCUUCAUAAGGACAAAGACGUACUAAACGGGGAAAAGAUGGCGAUGGAAAAGAAACAGAAAGAUCUCCAAGAAAGAAUCUUGCAGUUGAACGAACAAUUGAAGAAGAAAUCGAAGCAACUCAAUGACUCGCAGCAAUCGAAUGUGAGUCUGAGCGAAAUGAUGGAAAGCCUGCAAUUGGAUCAAUCGGUGCGAGACCAGAACGAGGUGAAGGCGAAGGUGGAUCGAAUUAUUAUUCAACAUAGCCUCCAAUCGAUGACGGCCGCGCUCCAGGUUGCGAAUACAAAGCUGAAGAAAUCCCAAUGCGAUAUUCAAUGUAUGGAAGAGAAAACUGCAGAGUUAAAUUUAGAAAUUGGCGGCCUCAAUCUGAAUAUAUCACAGGCCAAAGUGCGUGAGACAGCGCUUAAGGAAUCGCUUGAGAAGACCAAUCAAAAGGUAUGCGAACUCAAGGAAAAAAUCAAAUAUGCACGAGCGCAAUGUGAAGAAUGCGAACAUAGCAAGAGUUUGAUUAAAAUGCUUAACGCCGAUUUAAAUAAACUGCAAUCGAGUUACGAUAAACAACAUUUCAGCAUAAACACAAUGUCAACUCGUAUGCAACAACUUCAAAACGACUGUCAAACUUUGCAGGAUCAAAAUCAGGGAUUGCAACAAUAUAUUGACUCUGCAAAUGAACGCGAGAAAAUACUUUAUAAAUCGCUCGCAACGAUCAACAAAGCAUUCGAAUUGGAGCGUGCGAAUAACAGUGCGCUUAAAAUCGAAUUAGAAACUAAUCAGAUCACUUUGGAGCAUGUUCGCAAUCAGUCUACUAAGCGAUACGGUGAUCUUCAAGCGCGUUACGACGCACUCAAAUUGGCAACAGAUGCCGAUGAAAGGGAGCAUGUUGAAAAGGUCGCUAGACUUGGCGACAAAUUGCGUAAAAAAGAUAUGUCGAACGAUCUUUACCUUAAAGAAUUAAAUUAUUGGAAAAGUCAGGCAGAGGAUUUGAAAAACGAAAUCGAGCGUCAGAAACAGAUGCUGUCACAGGCAAAUAAAUUUCGUGUCGCAAAAAUGGAAUAGUAAAUAUUCAGUCACUAGAUCGAACGAUACGGCGAGAUAUUUCAGCAAUUUCUGCGACAACAAAUUAAUAGCUUUAAUACACGUCUUUCCAGCUGGAGUUUCGUCAGUUUUGCCAAUACAUUAUCAUUAUCAUUGUCUUCCUUUUUUUUUGUUUUUGUCUAAAUUAGUUUUUAAGUAGUUUUUGGUUUUUUCUUUUUAUUGUAUAAAAAUUCAGUUAUUCAUAUUAUAAAAUAAAAAGAAGAAAAGUUGAUAAUUGAAGGUAGGGAUGUGUGUAGUUAUGGAGUGGAAAUGUAAUUGUAUAUAUUGUAUGGAUCUUGGAUCGAAUGGCAAUCGCUGAAUUCCAUUUUAGUCUUUGGCACAUUUCGUAUUGUUUUCAUUUAUCAUUUUUGUGUGUGUGGCGUGUUCCAAAAUAUCUCACAAUCGUAACUGAUAU